AUGAAGACAUCAGGGAAAGCGCCAUCGAGCAUGUCCUCAUGGCUACUCCUGACUACAUGCUUGCUUCUAUUUGCCGGAAGCUCAUUUGUCGAAGCCACUAUUACCGUCGUAAGCACUCAGCAAAAGUUUCCUAGUGAGCCUGUCAAGGGAAUUGGAAGGCACAUGUGGAAGGGAUACGAAUAUAUUGGGCGUCUUCAAUAUUUUCCGCAUCAUUUGGAUUUGUGUGAAAUUACCGAGCCCGUGACUAUUACUGUUCCGCAGGACAGUGUUCCAGUUGCUCUCUUGGCAUCCGCUGGAGGUUGUACCAAAGAAGAACAAGCUCAGAUUGCCUCCACAAUGAUCAAGCCCCAAAAUGUUGUGAAUUACUUGAUUUUAGAGGAUUCGGGGAAAAAGAGAAGAGCAACUACCCUAGGACACGAGGAGGAAGACGACACCAAGGAUGAUGGUAUUCUCACUGUUGAGGACGACGUGGAAGUUGGUGACGAAGAUGAAGACUUGCUAUUCAAUCUAUGGAAUCAAAGGGUUCUGCAGGAUGAUGGCAUCAAAGUUGCUGUUUUAAAGGUUAAUCGAAAGACAUACGACCGAUUGCUGACCCUUACCGCAAUGGAAUCCCAAGUUGAUCGAGAAAACGGAGGAACCAAAAUUAUCAUGAACUCCAAGGUUCCAAAUGCAACAGCAAGGAGUAUUUUGGCAUGGGCAACUAUUUCUUUGGCAUUCUGCUGUUGUUCUUGCUUUUGUGUCAGCCUCGCAUACCAACAUGGAGUCUUCACGGUCGAAACCGAACAAGAAGCUCCGCCUCCUCGACCGAUCCGACGUAGACUCACGGUUGCGCAAGUCCGAGAAAAGUUUCCUUCUUAUCGCUUUUACCCCGGCAUGAAUGGACCGAUUGAAGAGGAAGGAGAACACGAUGAAGAGGAAGGACUAGAAACGGCUUCACAAAUGAUGGGUGAAUGCUCUAUCUGUCUGGACGAUUUCAUCGCCGGACAACGGGUUCGACAGCUUCCGUGUGGCCACGUCUUUCAUUCGACCUGUAUUGCUAGAUGGUUGGUGGAACGAAAUGCUGUCUGCCCGCUAUGCAAAUUAGAUGUCUUUGAGGAAGAAGAAGAAGAAUCAUCUUCGUCGAGCGAAGAAGAAGCAGCAGCAGAAGCCGAUCCAUUGGUAUCGGAAACACCAAGCACACGCGAAGAGGAAUUGGCCAAUCAAGUGGUUGCUUCGAGUUCAAGAUGGUGGCCGUUUUCAUCCACGUCACCAGGAUCUCCAGCUCCUGGAACUAGAUGGGCCAUGCGAUGGUUAUCACAACAGCGAAGGAGAGGGAAUGGAGAUAGCGACAUGCUGACGGAGAUGACCAAUCCUCUUCUUGCUACCGAUCGAAGUGAGGCUGUGGAUGUUAUAGAAUUCCAAUCUCCAACCAAUGGAAAUGCUGAAUCAUCGGAGGAUGCUCAAGCGAAUUCAGAAACAGCGGAACAAGAAGAAACUCCUGCGGAAUCAUCAGAAACACCAUCCGAGGCAUCGUCAUCGAACGAAGACAGCGGCGAAGCGGCAUCGACUCCGGUCGAAGUCUAG